AUGAACACCGAUUUCUAUCGACUCGCAGUUUCAUCGCACUUCAGCAAUUUCCCCAAAUCUUUCUCUCUGCAGAAGAAAGUGCCAUGGUGGUACCAAAUCCUAAACCCUCAAUCCAAGUUUGUGGCCCAAUGGAACCGCACCUUCCUCUACGUCUGCAUCGCCGCGCUCUUCCUCGAUCCUCUCUACUUCUAUUUCCCCAUCACCGGAGACAAGGCCUGCAUGCAGACCGACCUCGUCCUCGGAGUCUUCGUCACCUUCUCCCGCACCAUCGCCGACCUCUUCUUCCUCUUCCACAUGGUCCUCAAGUUCCGCACCGCCUACAUCGCUCCCACCUCUCGCGUUUAUGGCCGCAAGGAACUCGUCACAGAUCCUCGUGACAUCGCCUCACGCUACCUCAAACAUGAUUUCAUCGUCGAUCUCCUCGCAACCCUUCCUCUUCCUCAGAUAGUGGUCUGGUUCGUGAUUCCGGCGGUGAAAGAUUCCACGGUUGCUCAUGUAAACCACACCUUGUCCUUAAUUGUGCUCCUUCAGUUCAUUCCUAGGUUGUUUCAGAUUUUUCCUUUGCAACGGAGAAUCUUGAAGACCAGUGGACUUAUCGCCAAAACUGCCUUGGCAGGAGCCUUGUACAAUCUUGGUUCCUACAUGCUCGCCAGCCAUGUUUUGGGAGCUACGUGGUAUGUAGCUUCAAUUCAGAGGCAGUACGAGUGUUGGAUAAUAACAUGCAAACAUGAGAUGAACAGAACACACUCCCCAUCUUGUACUCCUUCGUUUCUGGACUGUGCUACCCUCGACCACCGGGAAAGGCAAGCUUGGUUCAAACGCACCAGAGUUCUCAGUAAUUGCGACGUCCUCAAUAACAAAAACGAGUUUCAGUUUGGACUUUUUGCUGAUGCUUUCACCGAUCACGUUUCCUCCUCAAGAUUCAUCCAAAAAUACUUUUACUGCCUCUGGUGGGGUUUGAAGAAUCUAAGUUCAUACGGACAAAACCUUCAGACUAGCACUUACAGUGGUGAAACAUUGUUUUCAAGUUUCAUAUGCAUUGCAGGUCUAAUCUUGUUCGCGCAUCUCAUUGGUAACAUGCAAAAUUAUCUGCAAUCUACAACUGCAAGAAUUGAAGAGUGGAGACUUAGACAAAAAGAUACAGAAGAGUGGAUGAAUCACCGGCAGCUUCCACCAGAACUGCAGCAACGUGUUCGAAGGUUUGUUCAAUAUAAAUGGUUGGCCACCAGAGGAGUAGACGAAGAAGCCAUUUUGUGUGCUUUGCCUUUGGAUCUUCGCCGCCAGAUUCAGAGGCAUCUCUGUCUCGACAUUGUUCGUCGGGUUCCAUUUUUCGGACAAAUGGAUGACCAGCUUCUGGAUGCAAUAUGCGAGAGGUUGGUGUCGUCGCUGAACACGAAAGACUCAUACAUCGUGCGAGAAGGCGAUCCAGUGAGGGAGAUGCUCUUCAUCAUCAGAGGGCAGGUGGAGAGUUCCACCACCGACGGUGGCAGAGUAGGGUUCUACAACUCCAUCACCCUCCGACCGGGGGACUUCUGCGGCGAGGAGUUGCUGACGUGGGCCCUCAUGCCCUCCUCCAACCUCAACCUCCCCUCCUCCACGCGCACCGUGAAGUCCAUCACCGAAGUGGAGGCUUUUGCGCUCCGCGCUGAGGACCUGAAGUUCGUGGCGAACCAGUUCAAGCGGCUCCACAGCAAGAAGCUGCAGCACGCCUUCCGGUACUAUUCCCACCAUUGGAGGGCAUGGGGGGCACACUUCAUCCAGGCUGCGUGGCGGCGACACCGCAAGAGGAAGCUGGCAAUGGAGCUGCUGGGGAAGGAGAGCCUGUACUACUCGAAUGUGGUGGAGAUAGUAGAGGAGGAGGAGGGUGUUGAUGGUGAUGGUGGUGAUGGAGGUGGUGCGGGUGAGAGUUCGAGUGGUCCCAGUGUGGGUUUUCAGAAUCUUGGGGCUACCGUUUUGGCUUCUAAGUUCGCUGCGAACACCAGAAAAGGAAAGAUUAAGAAGGUCAAAAUUAAUCUUCCUGAUUCUGAUAGUUUGAAGAUGCCCAAGAUGUUCAAGCCUACGGAACCCGAUUUCUCAACUUUCCAUGAUUAA